AUGGAUAGAACCAAAGAAGCUAUUGCACAUGGUUUUCGUGGAGUUAAGAAGCAAUAUGAGAAAGUGUUUCAAAUUAUUGAUGCAAGGUGGUCAGAACAACUCCAUCGGCCUUUGCAUUCUGUAGGCCAUGUUUUGAACGCAGGAUUAUAUUAUAAAGCUCAAGAAGAGGGAACUAUAGCACAGACUUUGUGGACCGAGUAUUAUGCAUGUGUUGAGAAGUUGGUGCAUGAUACAACAAUACAAGAUUCACUAGUCGUUGAGCUUCCUAGGUACAAAAUGGCGGAUGGACUAUUUGGUUGUGGUCCGGCUAAAAUAGCUAGAGACAAAAGAUCACCGGUGUACAUUAAGUAUAAUAGAACAUUGAAACGUCGUUAUGAUGCUCAUGAUCUUAUUGAUCCAAUUCGCUUGGAUAACAUUGAUGAUUCAAAUGAAUGGUUAGUUGGAUGCCCCGAAGAUCAAGAUGAUGAACUGGUAUAUGAGGAUGAUGAUCUUACUUGGGGUAGUGUUGCUACGUCAAUUGGAGCGGAUGAGAAUAUCUAUCAUCUUAGGGGACUUUCUUCAAGAUUAAGAGCACUUGACAAGGGCAAAGGAGUAGAAAGUACAUCUACAAGUUCAUCUUCAAGUAGGACUCAAACACUAAUUGAUGAAGAAUACGUGGAGGAAGAAGAUGAAGAGAAUAUAAUGAUGUAG